UUACCUUCUCCGCCGCCGACAGGUGCGGGAGGCUGCGGGAUCGCAGCUGAUCGCAGCAGCAACAGCAGCCGUAGCUCGCAGCAGCGCGGAGCCCGGCCUGAUCCCUCCUCCGCCCCAGGCAGGCAGGCCCCGGCCACCGUGGGCAAGAUGGAGCCCAGCCCGUUCACCCGCCGACAGUGGACUUCGCAGUCGCUGAGGAUCACCGCCAAAGAGCUCUCCCUGGCCAACCGGGGCCGCUCCUCGGGCAUCGCCCACAUAUUCUCCAAAUACCAGAGAGCCGCGGAAGAAGCCAGCGCGGACAAGAAGAGAAAUAGUCCAGAGAGCCGCCCGUUCUGCAGGAAGGGGACGCUGAGUGCGCUGAAGCAGAGGUGGGAGAAGCCGGAGCGGAGCCACGCGGCCGCCCCCGGGGCGGAGCCCGAGCCGCCCGAAGCCGCCCCCGCCAUCCAGCCCCCCAGCCCCGAGGAGGCCGAGCGCCGCCCCCAAGGAAGGGCCGACAUGGAAAUAAGCUGCCUGAGGGAACCCAGGCCGGAGGGCACCAGGGCCGACGCCAGCGAGGGCCCCGAUGCCGUGGGCAAGAUAGAGAAGUACAGCGUCCCCCUGAACCGCCUCAAGAUGAUGUUCGAGAUGGGAGACGCAGCAGUGCAGCCCAAGAUCCUCCGGGACCACGGCGCAGGUGAGAGGAGGGUCUCUGAGAACAGCCUCACCCCGGAGAGCUCGGAAGGCGACCCGGACCUGCUGACGCCUGCUGCCUUCAGCGUGGAGAAGCCCGAGGGCAGGAGGAGCCUGGAGCUCCCACGCGGGUCCGACACGUCCAUAAAGGACCGGAUGGCUCGGUACCAGGCAGCCGUGUCCAAGCAGGGCCACGCCGCUCAGUCCGGGAAUGAACCGCUACGGGGCCCCGGCCAGGAAGCCCAGAGCUACAAGUCCGAACACAAGGAGAACCUGCCCCCGACCCCCGUGGGCGGCAGCUCCCGUCGGGAAGGGGAUGAGGUUUCCGGGAGCGACAAGGGUCCGGCUCUCCCGUGCGGGCUCGGUGAAGGAGACCCCGAUGGUGUACGGCGUGAGAGCGAUGCUCCAGGACCCGUCCGGCCCCGGUAUCCGAGCCCGGACGUCGUACCCGUGAGCCCGGAGGAAGCCUCUCUGCCGAAAACCACCAAGAAGUUCCAGCGGCCCGUCCACGAGACCUGCGUGGAGUGUCAGAAGACGGUCUACCCCAUGGAGCGCCUCCUUGCCAACGAACAGGUGUUCCACGUCAGCUGCUUCCGCUGCUCCUAUUGCAACAGCAAGCUCAGCCUGGGGACCUACGCGUCUCUCCACGGGCGGAUCUACUGCAAGCCCCACUUCAACCAGCUGUUCAAGGCCAAAGGCAACUACGACGAGGGCUUCGGGUACAAGCCGCACCGAGAGCUGUGGGCCAGCAAGACCGAGGGCGAGGAGUCGCCGGACAAGCCCGGCCCCGCCGAGCCCCCCCAGAACCCCGGCGUGGAGGCCACGCCCAUCGCCAAGGUGGGGGUGCUGGCCGCCAGCAUGGAGGCCAAGGCCGUGCCCCAGCCCGGGCGAGAGGACCGGCGGGCGGAGACCAAGAAGCUGAGGAUCGCCUGGCCCCCGCCGGCCGAGCCCGGCGGUCCGGGCGGGGCCCCGGACGAGGGGCUGAGGGUGUCCAAGCCAAAGUGGCCGCCGGAGGACGAGCCCGGCAGGCCGGACGCCGCCGAGGACGCGGACCUGGACCUGAAGAAGCUGCGCCGGUCCUCGUCGCUCAAGGAGAGGAGCCGCCCGUUCACGGUGGCCGCGGCCUUGCGGACCGCGUCCGUCCGGAGCACGAGGACGCCGUCCCUGCCGAUCCGCAGGAGCCUCGGCGGAGCCGCGGAUGGCCGGGCCCCGGCCGCCGGCCACACCGAGGAGGAGGCCCGGAGAGGGGAGCCGGCGGCCCGGAGCCGCCCGCGUUCCCGGGGGGAGGAUCCCAGAGAGGCGGCGGGAGACGAGAGCCCCGAGGAGGAGGGCGGCCCCGGGGGGCCGCGCGUCCCAACCGAGAAGCCCCCCACCUCUCCCGAUCAGAGGUCCCGAGACGUGGGCUUCUGGGACGGAGAUGAGGCGGAAGAGCUGUCUGUGGAAGACCUGAUCAAGCGAAACCGCUCCUAUGACGACGAGGACGAGGACUAGCCUUCUUGGCCCUCUUUUUUUUAAUCGUUUGUAUUUUUUAAUCCUUCGUUUUUUUUAGACAAUCUGCCGCAACCGAGGUGCUGGGUCUCAAAUGGGUGUCAGCAGUAGCGGGCGGUUCCCCCCGCCCGCGGGGCAGCGUCCGGCCGGGCGUCUGAGGGGAAGCCACGGCCCUCGGUCGCAAGAGCGAGGCGGCCCGGCCUGCUGCCCCGGGUCGCUCUCGGUCCCGUGAUUCUCGGGCAAGAGCUCGGGUGGGAUUUGCUGGGAGACCCGUGGGAAGGGCUUCCGCCGGCCCACACGCUGGGGCCGGUGCGCAAGGAGGUCCCGGGCCAGAGAACGACCGUGUCCGUACACGCUCGAGCACCAAGCUCGCGGCCGGGCCCCACGGUCCCCGGCCGGGGGUUGGAGCUCCUGACCUCCGCACCACACGCGCUCCUCUAAAAACGCGGGCGUCCCUGCCCGGUCGCCCUCCGUCCAGUCCGCCGCCGGGCGCCCGCGAGCGGCCAUCCCGAGCCACUCUGCCGGUGGCCCGGGGUGAGGGACGCCGGGACUGGAGAACCGGGGCCCGCGCCAGUGGGGGCUUCCGGCUCCAUCCAGGCCAACUGGGCAUCUGGGCGGGUCCCUGGGCCGUCUCCCCGGUGUGGGUCCCCGUGCACCGCUCUCCCCUCCUCACGCCCCGCCGCCCUCCGGAAGGCCCAACGGACCCGCUCCCGCCCAACGCUCUCCUCGUCCUCGCCCAGCAGCGGCCGACGACGCCUGCUUUUUUGACCCUCUGAGGCUUGGAGAAGGGCUGGCCGGGGCCCCUGCCUCCCUUCUGCCACGACCUCUCUCCGGGGACCAAUUUUAACCAGAUUUCUUUUUUUAAGCCCUUUUUAAAACCUGAUCGCAUUUGUUUUACACGAUUGGACGGCGGGGGAGGGGGGAGGGUUUUGUCCAAACUGAAUUCUCUUUUUUACUCCAUCCGGUCGAUUUUUCUAGAGGUGUAAAAUAUUUUGCUUCCUUACCGAUCUCGCUGAGUAUGAAAGCUUUUUAAUCAAUAAAGCUCGUCAUUUACUUCGGACACC